AUGGCAUCUGAAAUAUACCUAGCGGGUAUCGAUCAUCAUCAGCUGGUAGUACAAGUAUCCCUGGCGGAUACAUCUAAUAAACAGAUGAAACUUCAAAAACCCCUGCCGGGUUUAGAUCAUGGUCAACUGGAACUCCAAAUACCCCUGGCGCGUACAUCUGAUCAACAGAUGGAACUUCAGAUACCCCUAGUGGGUUUAUAUGGUCCACAACUGGAAGUCCAAAUACCCCUGGUCGGUACAUCUGAUCAACAGAUGGAACUUCAGAUACCCCUAGUGGGUAUAUAUGAUCGACAAGUGGGACUCGAAAUACCCCUGGCGGGUUUAGAUGGUUCACAACUGGAACUCCAAAUACCCCUAGCAGGUUUAAAUCAUGGUCAACCGGAACUCCAAAUACCCCUGGCGGGUUUAGAUCAUGGUCAACUGGAAUUACAGAUACCCCUGGUGGGUAUCGAUGAUCGUCAAGCUGGAUAUCAGAAACUUUUUAAGGGUGAAUAUCACUCUUAA